AGCAGAGAUCUCGCUGGGUCUGCAAUAUCAUUACGGUAUCGCCCCGUCGACCGUAACGCACGCGUCAGAUCAUGGCGGCCAAGUUUCUGACGGUCUUUCUGACGCUACUGGCGGUAGCCGCCGCUGAAGUGGCAGUCUUCAGGAGGUGCGAUAAAGUGUCUCAAGACCCGUGCACGAUUACGGAACUCCGGAUCACCCCGUGCCGGAAGUCUCCCUGCGUGCUCAAGAAGGGACGCAACGCCUCCCUGGAGUUCGAUUUCACGCCGAAUUUUGCCACCUCGAAGCUGAAGACAGCCGUGUAUUGGGCCGAUGACCCCACAGAGGCCCCCUUUGCGACAGUAGGCAUUGCGGACGGCUGUCAGCACGCCACUUGCCCGACGGUAGUCGGGACGCAGAACACGCUGACCUACUCACUUUACGUUGGAAAAAAACUGCCAAACGGUAAAUUCUGGUUCAGAUGGAAGCUGUGGAACGACGAGAACCCGGAACAGCUGUGCUGCUUCGAGACCAACGUGGAACUAAAGAAAUAAUCAUAAGCAUGUUCAGUAGUAAUAUUCAUAAAUUAAACUGAAA